ACACCGAGGUUGCCUACAAGGCAACAGAAAUAUCCAAACAGAGAAACUUUUCUCUUCACCACGGCGGGAUUCUUAGUACAAGCGACGUGAUUGGCAUACAGAGAGCGGCUCAGAGUGCCCUUAGAAGACGACGAUCUCCGGGAGGUUCUGAGGAAAAUCUACGUCAACAAGAACGGCAGUAUCAGCUACCAGUCUCUCGCUGCGGCUGUUCGAAAGCAACUGCGUAACGACAGACGGGAGGACAUGAAGGAGGAGAAACGUGAACAGAAACGCAGAGAAGAGAGAAGACGAAUCCUGAGGUCGGACAUGCCGCUCAUAGCGCCAGCAGAACGCGUCUUCUUCCCCAACAUCUUCACUUUCUACAGCUCUAAGGUCAUCCAAGGCACUGUUGACCUUCAGUCUCCGGUACAGCUAAGCCAGAGCAGGGACAGCUCCAAUAACAACACACCGUCCAGCGUGCCGCUUCCAAAACUCUCACUUUCACCAAAAAAUGUAUUUGCUCUAAGUGACUAUGAUUCAUGGCGUCACAGUCCGCAGACGCUAGUUGGUAGUCUGGUGUACGAGCUUCAACGGUCUAGUCCCAGUAAAGGACAGCAGAAACACGGGGCAUCCUCCAAAGAAGACAAGUCCAAACUGGGGGUCCGGAAAAGAUCAGACUGAAGUGUGGGGCUGAUUAGUUAAUAUGGGCCUCGGGCAUGGAAAGCGAUUGUAGAAUCCGGGAAUAUGAUCAGACUCGCUGCCAGCAGUCUCUAUAGCUUAUAAGAAGUUGAGGUCUGGAUUAGUUGUGAAGCCAUUUUGAUUCAGAUCCAGGACUACGCUUAAAAUACUAUUCACUGACAAACACAAAAUCAUAACGUAGAUCAACAAGCAGUAAACAGUUUUACUUUUCUAGGAACUAUUUUGUUUAACUUGUGGAAUUCAUAGUUUACAGAUGAUGCAUGUACUAGAGCCGCACCAAGAGCCAAAUGGUACAAUCAGGAUCGUAAGUACCAGGCUGGGUGUGUGCAUGUCGCCCAUUUGAGGCAUAAAACAUAUUUACUUUAUAUAGCAUAUCCAGUGUAAUCAAAGUAUGUGAUAUUUUUCAGAUCAUAUAUUUUCGGAAUUUGAUAACUUUGCAAAUUAGAUGUAAAUUAAUCGAUGUCACGGCACUACGUUUAUUGGCAUUUAAGAAAACGUACUACGGCGGCACUCCAGAAUUGACGUAUGUCAAACAAAAACGUCAAUUAUAGUUUUUUCUCCAAAA